AUGAAAAUGAAAACGUUGGAAAAGCGCAAAAGCAAAUCGCCUCGGCCUCUCUCCACCCGUUGGCCACAGGAACUGUUACCCAACCUUAUCUCGCAGCUCGCGCCACCGCCGUCCACCGCCAUGCCGCUCCUCCCGCCGGCGGCGCCGCCGCUGCCGCUCUCCUCUCACCGCCUGGGCCUCCCCUUUCUCACACUCCCCUCGCCCGCCGGCCGCCCCCUCCGCCGCGGGGACCUCGCCAUCCGCAUGGGCGGCGGGCCGCGCACGUUCCCGGGCGGCGUCUCCAAGUGGCAGUGGAAGCGCAUGCAGGCCCGGAAGGCGAAGCAGCUCCUCAAGGCCCGCCUCGCCCGCGAGCGCCAGCUCUACGAGAUGCGCAAGCGCGCCGAGCUCCGCGACGCCGUCGUCCACCUCGAGCGGCCCUGGGACCCCGACUCGGCCCCCGUCUCCGCCGCCGCGCUGGCGCCCAACCUCCUCUCCGUCGCCGCCGACGACCAGCUCAGGGGCCUCGCCGACCGCUUCCACCGCCCCGGCGGCGUCGACCUCUGGAACGACCGCGACGGGCCCCAGGUCUUCGCGUCCCCGGACACGGGCUUGGCCUCCGCGCGCUUCUUCCCCAGGGACGCCGUCCACAGCGUCCAGCCCUACGCCCGCCUCGGCGCCGGCGCCAGAGCCGAGGGCGCGCAAGGUGUUCGGCAGAAUGACGCUGUGGAGGACGCUGUGGAGGACGCGUAUGGUUACAGCGAGCCUGCGGUCCAGCUGAUGGAAAGAGAUGGGAUGUGGGAGCCGGUGAUUGCUUUGGAAGGUGGAGAUGGAAACAAUUCGAGCCACAGGAGUUGGACUCAUGAUGAUGAUGAUGCUAUUUCUGAUUCAGACGACGAAGAGGAUGUUGAUUUUGGACACCAACGACAGGCAAUGGUAAGACGAGAUGGAAGAAGGGAUGGUGAAACUGCAAGCACUAUGCGUGUUGGAAGCGAGAGGGGCAGGCAUUGGAGAGGUCAUGGUUCCUUUUCAGAUUCAGAAAGCAGAAGAAAAGGUCAUCCUGAUCAAAGAUGGUCAGACAGAAGUAGUGGGAGUAGAAGGAAACCUCCCGACGCAAGAUGGAAGCCUUGGAACGGCGAGGGCGGUAACGCCAUUGGGAAGGACCGAACAGGUGGCGGUUCUUUCUCGGACUCAGAGGUGAGCCACCGUGGUUCUGAGCCAAAAUCAAGGGCAAGGAAUAGAGAGGACACAAUGGACGCCGUGGUGAAGUGGAAACUCUCGUACGAUAGCCAUGGCAAUGUGGUAAGAAAGGUUCGCGUUGGUGGUGAAUUUGAUUCAAAUUCAGACAGUGGAAGGGGCGACAGAAUGGAACCAAAAUGGGGAGCCCCGAAUAGGUCUAGUCCAAGUGAGAACCGAAGAGGUCGAGCAGGGCUGAAAUAUAGGCCUAAUGCCAAAAGUGGCGAAAGGCCAGGAGGAUACACGAGGGGUCACAAUGGUGAUGAAAGGGAUCAAUUUGGUAACGGCUUUGCCUCGGACUUGGAGGAGCCGACAUGGAACCCAAGAAAAAAGAACGAAGCUAGGAACAGCAAUGGCAGCAGAGAGUACAACAGUGAUAUGAAAAGUAGAUUCAGGAGCGGUGGAAGCGGGGCUGCAAGACGGAUAGACAGUACUCGUCCUGUGAUGAACGCCGACAGAGAAGAUGGAGGAGGGCGGCGGUCGAGGGGAGAUGGAUACUCGCUACGACCAACAUCGGAAUUGCACAGCUCGAUGGACCGGAAUGGGGGACGGUAG